AUGUCCCACUUGAACAAAUCAACCAAGUCCUCCAAGUCGCGCAAGAGCAAGUCGCGCAAAAGCAAGUCGCACAAGACCAGCACCGCUUUCCGCACCGUUGUUGCCCUCAUUUUCCUUCUCGUCAAUUUUGCCCUUGCCUUUAUUGUGAGAUUCGCAGUGUACCACCCCUUGUGGGCCUGCUUUAUCAGUGCAAUGGUAGUCAUCUUCACCGUCCCGGGUUACGAGAAUGCGCGCUACGAUGUGAUCUUUGUUGCCAAGCUUGCUGCUCUUCUGGCAUGCAUAGUUGUGCUUUUCGUUGCGUUCGGCUUGUGGAAGCUCGUCAACCACUUCCAUCCCUUGCCUCCGAUUACGUUCUCGCUCAUGUCGCUCCUCCCCUACCUCUGUCCCGAUUCCUCGCCGCGUCCCUUCCCGCCGCCUCCUCGAUCUGAUGAUGAUCAGGAGCUAGGUGCUGCCACAGAGCGCGCGUGA